GUUCUCGUUCCAACUAACAACUACGGCCAGAAACCAGUCUCUACAAAACUCUUCAUCAUGGAAUUUUUGUUAAUCUUCUUUAAUUUAUUGCUGGCCUUAAUUACUCUGGCUUAUUUAGCCAUACGCCGUCAUUACACAUAUUGGGAGCAACGCAAUGUGGUUUACGAAAAACCAGAUUUCUUUCUGGGCAAUAUGCGUCAGGUGGGCAAGACACAGAGCUUGAAACAGCCCUUUUACGAUUUCUAUCAAAAGUUUAAGGGCAAAGCCUUGUUUGGUGGUUUCUACUUAAGUUUACGCAAAGCUGUGGUUUUAUUGGAUUUGGAUUUAAUCAAACAUGUCUUAAUAACAGAUUUUAAUGAUUUUGCUGCUCGUGGCAAUUACUACAAUGAGAAAGACGAUCCCUUAUCGGGGCAUCUGUUCAAUUUGGAUGGUCCCAAGUGGAAACAAAUGAGAGCGAAAUUGACGCCUACAUUUACCUCAGGUAAAAUGAGAUUUAUGUUUCCCUGUGUCAUAGAAGUGGGUGAGAGGUUUGUGCAAGUGCUAUCACAACUAUUGGAGGAUAAUAAGACGCCUGAAGAAGGUCUGGAAAUACGUGAGCUAUUGGCCCGUUUUACCACCGAUGUUAUAGGUUCCUGUGCUUUUGGUUUGGAUUGCAAUAGUUUGAAAGAUCCUAAUACCCAAUUUCGUGUAAUGGGCAAAAAAGCUUUUACCACCAGACGCCAUGGCCGUUUAGUGUUUGCAUUUUGCCAAGCCUACCCCCAGUUGGCUCGUAAGCUGGGCAUUGUGCUGGCUCCCCAAGAUGUUACCGAUUUCAUGAUGAAUGUUGUCAAGCAAACAGUGGAAUAUCGUGAGCGAGAGAAAGUUCAGAAAAAUGAUUUUAUGAAUUUACUAAUAGAACUGAAAAAUCGCAAUGAUUUGGAGGGUUUGACAUUGGAGGAGAUAGCAGCCCAGGCUUUUGUUUUCUUUUUGGCUGGUUUUGAAACCAGUUCUAGCACUAUGGGUUUUGCCUUGUACGAGUUGGCGGUUAAUCAGCAUAUGCAAAAUAAGGCUAGGCAGGAGAUCACUGAUGUUUUGAAGAAAUAUAAUAAUGAGUUGACGUAUGAGGGUGUGAAGGAAUUGAAAUAUCUGCAGCAAGUAUUAUAUGAAACCAUGCGCAAAUACUCCAUAGCUUCCAUAACCAUGCGUAAAGCUUUAAACGACUACAAGGUACCCAAUUCUUCACACAUCAUAGAAAAGGGCAUGGUUGUCAUUAUACCCAUCGAUGCCAUACACCAUGAUCCCAACAUUUAUCCCAAUCCCUCGGAAUUUAUGCCCGAACGUUUUACCCAAGAAGAAAUUGCCAAAAGGCAUUCUAUGGCUUGGCUGCCAUUUGGUGAAGGACCACGUAAUUGCAUUGGCUUAAGGUUUGGUAAAAUGCAGGCUCUAAUUGGCUUAGUUUUGCUAUUGAAAAAUUUCCAUUUUUCGUUGUCCCCCAAGACACCAGUGCCAUUGGAAUUUGAUGAGAAAACAUUUGUGCUGACAGCCAAGGGGGGUAUAUUUCUGAAGCUGGAGAAGUUGGAGUGAUGAGGGUAGGUUAAGUAAGGUGUUGCAUAUGUGAUAAGUAGGCUGCAAUUAUUAAAGUAUUAUUAUAAUUGGUAUAAGGUUAAAAUUACAAUAAUGUUACAAGAAUUUUACAAUUGUAAGACAAAACGUUUAUUAAAAGAAAAAAGUUUUUGAAAAGCUUUUAUAAAAAAAUAUAUAAAAUAUUGCAUUAUUAUUUAUGUUUAUUUUGAAUGACCUCGUUUCACUGUGCUUUAUGACAUUCACACUUCAAUACAAUCUUUAUAAGCAGAAAAAAACUAUGUGUAAAUUAACUUAAACAAAUUAAUCACUUUGUCAAAUGGACAACAAAAGCCCUCCAAAGAAAUCAAUUUCAUCUACUCUCAACUAAAUCAACAAACAAACAAAAAAAUAACAAUUUUACAAGAUAUUUAAUCAUUAGUUAAGAUGUAUUAAACAAACAAAAUCAACAACACAGAAUAUUUAUAAUAAAUUUAAGCUCAAACAGCCAAACAA